AUGAGAGCUCUUGCGGCUCUCGCUUCUGCCGCAAGCCUAUUUGCUCCUUCGAUCGCACAAACAUACACCAACUGCAAUCCCACAGUGCGAACAGACUGCCCGCCCGACUCAGCAUUAGCUCGCACCGUCAAUAUCGACCUGAGCUCUGCGUCUGACAGCUUCACACCCCAAUCAAACCCCACGUACGGCAACGAUGGCGUCUCAUUCACCAUCUCCAAGUCGGGCGAUGCGCCUCAGCUCACCUCGAAGUGGUACAUCAUGUUCGGCAAGGUCGAUGUUGUGCUGAAGGCAGCACCCGGCGCAGGCAUAGUUAGCAGCUUUGUCAUGCAGUCCGACACGCUCGACGAAAUCGACUGGGAGUGGCUCGGCGCAGACCCAGACGAGGUCCAGACAAACUUUUUCGGGAAGGGCCAAACGACGUCGUACAACCGCGGUGCGUUCCAUGCAGACGCCGGGAGCCAGUCUGGUUUCAAGACAUACACCAUCGAAUGGACCCCAGAGCAGAUUGUCUGGCAGAUCGAUGGUGUCACCGUCCGUACGCUCGAGCCUGCCAACGCCGAGAAUCAGUACCCUCAGACGCCCAUGCAGAUCAAGUUCGGUGCGUGGGCUGGUGGUGAUCCGGCCAACGCUGCUGGUACCAUCGAGUGGGCUAGGGGUCCCACCGACUACUCCAAGGGACCCUUCACCAUGCAGGUCAAGUCUCUCAAGGUUGCCGACUACUCGACUGGAAGCACAUACUCGUACGGUGACACCAGCGGAACCUGGAAGUCUAUCAAGUCCAACGGUGGUGUGAUCUACUCUGGCGGCGACCGCCCAGUUAACAGCGAUUCACCUCAGAUUACCGCGACAGCGACAGGUGCUCCUCUUCCCUUUAGUCCUUCGAGGACCUCGUCAGACUACGAGCGACCCAGUGUGUACCCUUGGAUCCCUGGUACAUCUUCGGCCACUCCUGAGCCUACUUUUGGCAACUACCCCGGGCUCCCGAGCGGGUGGACUGUCUCUGAUAGCGGCAAAGUCCUCCCACCCAGCUCAGCUCCUCCCUCCCCUCUCGCUUCCUCUACGGCAUCGCCUGCAGCUUCGCAAUCGGCCUCCUCUGGCGAUUCUAAGCCUAUAGUCUGGACCGGCUAUGAUGAUCGCGGCUUCACAACCAUCUAUACCUCCUACCCUGGCACUACUCAAGCUCCUGUUACCCAGCUUCCUUCUACUCAAGCCGCUUCGCAGCCGCAGCCGCAGCCUACUUCAUCUGCGAAGUUGAGCGCCAACGCGGUGCUGGAGAACAAUGCUGCUGGAACCGACCUUCCUGUCCCGAAGGCAAACGAUGGCACAGCACUUGUGGCCAUUCGCGGUGCUUUUCUUGCAGGCAUCUUUUCUGUCACAAUGUCACUCAUGGGCUAUGAUUGGUAG